AUGACUGGUUGUCAACCAUCUGAUUUUCCUAUGGAACAACAUCUUCGUUUACGACCAAAUGAUGACACUUUUCUUCCUGAUCCAACAACCUAUCGUCGCCUUGUUGGAUGCCUUUUAUAUCUCACAGUUAUACGGCCUGAUAUCCAAUAUGUUGUUAACACCCUUAGUCAAUUCAUGCAAUCCCCAUGCUCCUCCCAUCUUGAUGCAGCCACACGAGUUCUUCGUUAUCUUAAAGGUAGUGUAGGUCAAGGUUUAUUCCUUCCUGCAUCUAGUUCUAUUACUUUAGUUAGAUAUGCUGACUCUGAUUGGGUUGGUUGUCCUACUACUUGUUGA